UAAUCGUCAAAAUCGAACCAAAUUCACUAGUUGAGGUGACAGGAGUCACGGGGCUAUGCUAUGACGGAGCAGUUGGUGAGAGAAUGGCUAGCAGACUACGCUGCCCUGAGUCCAGCCGAGGUACACACGUUUGCUGUAACUGUUCACCACAACGCAGAGAUUAUAGCAGCCAUCUACAACGUCCUUGAGGAGAGGCACAAAUAUCACUCACUGAUAGACCCAGUGUGUACUGCACUCUUUGGCUUCUAUCGGUCUAGAGAAGAAGAUCUACAGAGAUUCACGUUGCUCUUCCUCCCCACCCUUGUCUAUGUCUACCUCAAUGCCGUCGCUCACAGCGAGAGUAAGAGUUGUCGAGGAGUGGAAGCGCUGCUGGUCGGUAUAUACAACUUGGAGGUUGUCAAUGAGAAGGGACAGCCGAGGGAAAUAUCAUUCCGUCUGCCCUCCCUCGCACAAGCUUCCAUAUACCACGAGCCGAUGAGUCUUGCCCCGGCCUCACUGACAGAGGCUGCACUACGUAGACUAGAGGAGUGUAACACUAAGCUGGUGAGGUGGGGCCCUCUGCCUCAAAUGGACCAUCUACUAGCUCAGAACAGACUGGUUGUGAUGACCGCGCUGCUCUACGUCUACAAUCGCAACCUCAGCAUGUUGCCCAAGACCGCUUUAGAGUACUUGUGUAAAGUCACGUCCAAGCUGGUGACGCAGGGGUUCAGCAAGGCUGGCAAGAGAGUUUCAUACGGGACUGAGGUACCGAGAGUGUUACCCAGAAUCCCAGUGUCUUCCCAGAUGCUGCAACAGCUUCUGCACAGUGUCUACUACGCAAUGUACAAUGACCACGGUUACAUGGCUGUCCAAGCCAUAGAAGAUAUCCACCAGAGAGCGUGUUACCAGUGUUACACGGACGUUCUGUUAGUCACCAACGCCAUCAAGAACUCGGCCCAUUUCAUUCACUCAGGACAACCCAGUGAUGCUCCUAUGGGUAUCAGUUUAGCCAUUUCUCCAGCCACUACCACCACUACUGUGUCAAAGUCUAUGAUCACCAACGCUUCCUUCCGCACCAAGAAACUUCCAGAUGACAUUCCAAUCCAGAUGGCCAAGGCCGAAGGAGAUUCCACAGCUCUCGGAGCGAUUACGGAAGAGAAGGAGGAGGGGGUAGGUAGUAAAGGCGAGUCAACUCCCGAGAUAGCUCCACGACGCAGCUUACCCAAGAUGGCCGUCAACUUCGGCAAGAAGACAAAGGAGAAACUCACCAUAAAAUCCUCGAGUUCCAAUCCCAAGUCUAAACCGUUAGUGAACGGUUCCGGAGACCUCUGCGAAGAAGAGAACGGCGACUUGGCUACGGAGCUGACUCCACUCUCGGGAGAAAACGGAACAGAAAUAUCAACACCCGUCAACUUGCGCAAGUCUAGCGGAUCCACGAUCGAAAUGGAACCAACGCGAUCCAUGCAAGUCAGUUCCGUUUAAUUUAGUGUUAAAUAUGCAUUACUGUGUCAUAUGUUUACUUUUGAUCAAAAAUGUGUAUCUAAGUAAAGCAAUAAGGUGUUCCAGGCGAUUUCCCUUAUGAUGCAUUGUUGCUAUUCAUUUAUGCGCUCUUUAGUAAAAUAUUUCAACUAAAUUAUUAUUUACCCUUCUCUAUUUCUGUAAUUAGAUUGACUUGUUUAAAACGGGGACAGUUGAAAGGAUAGUUUGCAUGGGUUUCUAAACUGUGUACAUCUUUGUGUAAAAACAUCCAUUCAGUGGCUUAAAAAAAUGCGUAGUAAAAGGGUUUUAAAGCUAACACUACUGUACAAAACAUAACAAAUAUAUUUAUUGCAACAAUUCGUUAUGACUCUAAAAAUCACACGUCAAAUGUCUAAAUCACAUAAUUUGAAGUUUCCUCUUGGCGCUUGGAGAUGUUAAAAGACUUUUAUCUGUGGGAUGUUGAUUGGCAACGACCUGAAAUCAAGAAUAGUAAAUGUAAUAAACAGUUGCAACGAUUGGUUAUAUUCAGUUCACGCAGCUAACGACUAACGGAAAACUGAUUUUAUAACUACUGUUACUGUUGGAUAUGUUACAGUAUUAAGGGUAUUAACAAUAAUUUCUUUGUCUAUUUUCAUGUAAAAUGUAUAUUUAGCUAGGAAAGU